AUGACUCCCAAAGACCAAGCAGCUUGGAUUCCCUCGAAAGGUGCAGUGCACUUGCAAGUCGGCGACGCACCCUACAUAACCCCCGGUCCUGGCCAAGUAGUGAUCAAGAAUGGUGCAGUCGGCAUUAACCCCUUUGACUGGGUACUACAAUAUCAGGGCUCUAUUCUUGCGUCCCAUCUCAAGUACCCCAUGGUACUCGGAAUAGAUGUUGCUGGCACCGUCCUUGAUGUCGGCCCUGGCGUGACACGCUUCAAGCUCGGUGACAGGGUAGCUGGCUGCGCUGUUUCUAUUGCGAAAGAAUCCGGCAAUGCGAAGCUGUACACCGUGUUACGCGAGUAUAUGGUCGCCCCGAUUCCCGACCAUAUCACCGAUGAGCAGGCCGCUGUCCUUGGGCUCGGGAUCGGCACAGCGGCCUAUGGUCUCUUUCAUGAAGAUUAUCUCGGCCUCGAUCUCCCCCAGGUACCGCCGCCGCCUAAUCCACAACCUGGGGAACAUAUUCCCCGCGCUAUUAUUAUCACGGGUGGUGCGUCAAGCGUUGGCAGUUGCGCUAUUCAACUCGCCGUUGCAGCUGGCUACGAAGUUAUAUCAACAUCGUCGCCAAGGAACUUUGCCUUCGUCAAAAGUCUCGGCGCUUCUCACGUCUUCGACUACAAUAGCAAGACACUUGUCGCAGAUCUUGUGUCUGCGCUUGAAGGCCGGGAGCUAGUCGGCGCAUAUACCGUUGGAGAAAACGCAGAUGAGGUCUGCGCUUCUGUCAUGACACAGCGGCUCGCUAAGGCGCCCGAGCUGCCGACGGGGAGAUUCAUCGCCUUGGCGGGUGGUGCGUGGAGGGAACCCGACUCGAUUCGAGGACUGUUCGGGACUUACAGAUUGAUGGGUGGGAUGUUUUCCAUGAUGGGCAAGAAUGCCAUAAAAAAGCUGCGGACGGGCAUUGAGAUCAAGUUCAUAAUGAUUGCGGGGCUGGUUGAUCCCGAAAGUUGUGUGUCUCAAGUGUAUAUGAAUUUCCUGGGGCCAGCACUGGCUAAGAAGCAGUUUGUACCGGCACCGGAGCCGCAUGUUGUCGGACGGGGACUGGACAAGAUCAACGAGGCCUUGGAACUCAAUCAGAAGGGGGUUUCGGCUAAGAAGAUUGUCGUCUCGUUGCCUUAG